AGUCAAUUAAGGCCAAAGACUCGAGCGGUGAGCGUGCAGCUCUACUCCCAAAUAUCUGACAUCCUAACCAAUAUACAAGUAGCACCAGCAACCAACCAGUUAUGUGUUUGCCUAAUGCAAUUAACUACUGAUUUAAAAAUUCAGCGGCGAUAAUUGAGUUCAAAAUCAGCCGAAUACACUAAAUGGAUUGAAAGUGUCGCAGUGGUGCAAGUGUUUAGCUAGUGUGGUGUGCUUAGUGUUAUUUCUGUGCGAUCCAAGGAUUAGAGACGUGGACGAUGGAGCACGACAGCUUCGAUGAUCCCAUUUUCGGGGAGUUCGGCGGCGGCCCGCUAAAUCCACUGGGCGCCAAGCCCUUGAUGCCCACCUCAACGGCCAUGCAUCCCGUGAUGCUGGGCAGUGUCCACGAGUUGUGUAGCCAACAGCAGGAGCAGCAGCAACGACUGCCCGACUGCAACACCAUUCUGCCGAAUGGCGGAGGAGGUGUAGGAGCAGGCUCCGCCGCAGGAGGAUCGCCCAACUAUGUGACCAAGUUGGACUUCGUUAACAAGAUCGGCUGCUACUCGCCCAGCCAGAAGUACGAGUACAUCAGUGGACCGCAGAAGCUGGUGGAGCAGCAGCACCAUCAACACCAUCAGCACUACACGGCCACGCCCCCGCCCAGCCACAAUGGCAUCCUGCUGCACAAGCAGUCCUCCCAGCAGCAGCAGCAACAGCAGCAGCUGGUGGGCAUCCUGGACUAUCACCCACUCAACGGCAAGCUGGACUACUCCUCGUCGCCCAAGGAUCAGUAUGAGCCGCAGCAGCAGCAGCUGCAGCAUCUCUACGGCGGCAGUCCGCAUCAUCUGGACCAUUUGGAUCAUGGCAGUGACGGCAUGCUGCAGGACUCCUCACCCGUGAUGAUCAACGGAGGAUCCGCAGGGGGCAAACUCAAGAAACCCGAUGAGAUGUGCUCGCAAUUGGAGGCGGGUGGAGCAGGAGUUACUCCCCCGGGCAGUUCCUCCACGGUGGUCAAUGGCACCACCAAUGGCACCGGCAACACCAACUCCUCCUCCGCUGUCGUCGGCAUUCAGGGGUCGGCAGGCACAGCGGGAGGCGUGGCAGCUUCUGCUUCCAAAAAGGACGGAAGCGGCAGCAAGAAGAAGGGCGAUCCCAAUGGCAUCAAAAAGAAGAAAACGAGAACCACAUUUACUGCCUAUCAGCUGGAAGAAUUGGAGCGAGCCUUCGAACGCGCUCCGUAUCCUGAUGUUUUCGCCCGCGAGGAGCUUGCCAUCAAGCUGAAUCUAAGCGAAUCCCGGGUGCAGGUGUGGUUUCAAAACCGACGGGCCAAGUGGCGCAAGCACGAGCCGCCGCGCAAGACUGGCUACAUCAAGACGAGUACUCCGCCGACGGCGACGCUCAAUCCCGGAACCCUAGCCCCGCCGUUCACCAGCUAUCCGCAGACCACGACGGUCACGCCGCCGGGCAGCAUGGACAGCUGGACCAGCUACCAGACGCCCUACGAGCUGACGCCCCAGUUCAGCCUACUCUCGCCGGCGGCCAGUCCGUAUGGCACCUAUUCCGGCCAGUACGGUGCCUAUGUGCACGAAAGCCAGCUCUUCCCGAUGCGGCACUACGAGUACGGCAGUCCCACGCGCAUGGAAAUGGGCGCCACAUCCGGUUCGGUGGCCGGAAACGGAGAAGAGGCGGUGCCAAAUGGGGGAAGCUAUCAGCCGGCGGAACUACAGACCGCCCAGCAGCAGCAGCAGUUGGCCGACGGCACACUGGUCACCGUCCAUGCCCACCAACAGCAGCAGCAGGCGCAGCAGCAACUCAAUGGCAAGUACCUGAGUGCCGAGGAGGCCAAGUACGUGCACCUGCAGUGCCAUCAGAGUGGAGCCGGCUUAGAGCUAAGUCCCGGCGCUAGCUGUCACCUGGUUGAGGCGCAGGGCCAGCACUAUGUGACCACGGCGACGGGGGGAGCUGCAUCCGCAGGCGGCACCAGCAGUGAUGACAACGACAGCGGCGGCAUUCAGACAGUGAUCAAAAGCGAGGAGGUCGCCCAGCAGCAACAGGCACAGAGCUACGUCCUGCCGCCUUUUUUGCACUGAGAGAAAUGCUCACACAACGGCGACAGCAACAGCAACAACACCAGCGACGCUGGGCCACGCCCACCAGCAUGCCGAGCGCCCGUUUCCGGCGGCCAUUUUGAAGUGAUGGGGGCGUGGAGUGUGCAGCAUUUCCAAUUGUGCUCCUCCGACUGAAAGUGGGGCUCCAGAAAAGCCGAUUCUCAAAGACAAGUAGAAUUCAUCAUCAGUUUACUCAAAACUAGUUUUGUUUCAAAGAUAAUCCUAUAACAAGUACGGAAAGUCCAAAUGUAUUAGACCAGAACCUUGAUAUUUUAUUUACUAAGAAAAUAAUAUUAUUGUUAGUCAAUAUUUCCACUCCGUUGGAGUUUUUCUGGCCAGUCCCACGCAGUUUCUGGCCACUAUUUUCACAUUGCCAUAGGUUCCUUUUAGGUUAAAUUAUGCAAGUUGCAACAACGGAAUCCACAAGUCUUGCCAAAUCAUGCGGUUUUCUUCAGUCUAAGUCUAGGUUAGUCCAGGAUUAGGGGUUCUGCCACGAGAGCCCCGCCCCCAGAAUGCAUUCCAAAUGUGCCUUACCAAACGGGAGACAAGUGACCUCCCACUGGGAAGCUUAGUCGCCCAACAAAUUUAGUUCUAGUUAUCCUACUCGUAGGCUAAGCCCCAUUUGCUGUUGUGUAGUUAGACAAUAAAAUGCCUUUUAUCUUGUAUAAUGGCUUACAAAUUUAUUACUUACUAAUUUUGUAAAACGGCUUGCAAAUUUUGUUACACCUACAUUCAAUUUAGUUAAAUUUAUAACUGUAACCAAUACACUAGGACACUUUGCAAAUGUAUAUAAUAGACGUAUAAAUAAAUCGUAUUUUGUACCAAUAA